UUUGCUUUAAAACAUGACCACAACUUCUUCAUCAAGCCAGAACUAGAAAGUCCAAUUCUAACUAAGAAAACCAAGAAAAAAAUGGAUGUAGAGAAAGUGUUUCAUAUGACUGGAGGAGUUGGCAAAACUAGCUAUGCCAAAAAUUCUUCACUACAGAAAAAAGCAUCAGAUAAGGUGAAACACAUAAUCAUAGAAACAGUUGAAGAACUUUACAUUGAAACAACACCAAAGAGUAUAGGCAUUGCUGAUUUGGGAUGUUCAUCUGGACCAAAUACUCUAUCAAUCAUCAAAGAUAUCUUUCAAACCAUUCAAGUAACAAGUCAUAAGAUCAUGCACCAUUCUACUGAAUUUAGAGUCUAUUUUAAUGAUCUUCCAACUAAUGACUUCAAUUCUAUCUUUAAGGCUUUGCCUGAAUUCCAAAAGUUGCUUAAUCAAGAUAGGAAAAAUGGGUUUCCUUCCAUUUUUAUGGGUGGUUACCCUGGUUCAUUUUAUGGAAGACUUUUCCCUAAUAGUUACUUGCACUUUGUUCAUUCCUCCCAUUGUUUACACUGGCUUUCAAGGGUUCCUCCUACAAUCUAUGAUGAACAAAAAAGGUCUUUGAACAAGGGUUGUGUUUACAUAUGUGAUAAAAGCCCUGAAGUGGUUUCUCAAGCAUACUAUAAGCAGUUUCAAGAAGAUUUUUCCUUGUUCCUUCGAUCAAGGUCUGAAGAACUAGUUGUUGGCGGAAAAAUGGUGCUUACAUUUCUAGGAAGAAGAGGACCUGAACAUGUUGAUAGAGGCAACUCUUUCUUCUGGGAGAUUCUUACACGUUCAUUUACUAUUCUAGUCUCACAGGGAGAAAUCGAACAAGAGAAGCUUGAUUCAUAUGAUGUACAUUUCUAUGCACCAUCAAGAGAAGAAAUAGAAGAUGAGGUAAUGAAAGCAGGGUCAUUGAAAUUGGAGAGGUUGGAAAUGUUUGACAUAGAUAAGAAGGAACAAGGCAGGGAGAGCUAUGGUACAGAUGUUGCAAAGGCAGUUAGAGCCAUCCAAGAAUCAAUGGUUUCUAAUCACUUUGGAGAAAAGAUUUUGGACAGUUUGUUUGAGAACUAUGCAAUGUUGGUUGAUGAAGAAAUUGCAAAGGAGGAUAUUAAUCCCAUCACUUUUGUUCUUGUUCUUAGAAAAAUAUGAAUAUGUACACAAAUUUCAAUGUGGUAUAUUUUGGUUGGAAGUAAUGGGAUGUCUUUAAAUUCUAAUAUAUGUCCCUCUAAUUAGUCCAAUAUGUGUAACUGAGCUUAUGUACACUUGUAGUUGUAGGAUAGCUAGGACUUCAGGGUGCUUAAUCAUAUUUUGAAAUAUUUGAAUUAUAAUGUGAACAAUUAAGUUAUGGAGUUAUUAAAAUAAUAUUCAAGGUUGU